CACAAUGAAGUCGGACAGGAAGUGGACGACCGUGGGCAGGAUGUGCUUGCCCUGGUCCAGGCAGAGGUCCUGGGUCAUGGGGCCUGGCAACUGGAGGCACAGCUCCUUCAGAAUGUCCAUGAUCCGGGCCUGUGGAAUCCAGUCACUCACCGCUCCCAGAACUUCCUGCACGGAUGGAAGGCCAGAGUAAGGGGCAGGAAGGAGGAAGUUAUUCGACUGAGCGUUCCAUGGGCUGUGACGCCACAGGGAGGCUGAGGGGCUGGCCCCGCUCUGGAUAUAAAUGAAGGGCAAGAUGCUGCAGAUGGUGCAACACAACUGAAACUUUCCACAAGAAGGAAGAAUUUACACAAGAGCGACUCAAAGCCACAGAGAUGAAGUGUGCUCCGUGCUUUCUGGCCCUGGGCUUGUGCCUGGCUUUCUCCUACCAGCUUUCUGCAGAAGACAGUCUGGGGAGGCCGUUCAUUCUUAGUGCUCUGGAGGAUGCAAAGAAGACCAUAGAUAAAGCCUACAAAUACUCAAGAGUAGAAAGUCUGUCCCGUGUGCAGAAGAGGUCUGCCAGCCCUGCAGAUGUCCUGAGGCUGCUGAAGCAGCCGGCCCGGGACACUCGCUCAGCCGUGCGCGCUGCAGACUACAUGGACUACACCCUGAGCCUGAUCCAACAGAGAGCUCACCACCUGCACAAGCGCUCUCUCAAUGCUACAGAUCUGCUCACUGCUGAUGAACUGAGCACCAUCGCCCGUGUGACAGGCUGUUCAGCCCGAGUCCUGGCUCCGUCCUGCCGUACCACCCCCCAGGUCAACAAGUACCGAACAGCCACUAGCGUCUGCAACAACCUGAGAAACCCUCGUCUUGGAGCCUCCAACACCCCCUUCGCUCGCUGGCUGCCUGCUGACUACGAGGACGGGAUCGCCCAGCCCAGGGGAUGGGACGGAAGACACUACAAUGGAUUCUUACUCCCACUGGUGAGGGAGGUCUCCAAUAACAUUCUGCGAAUCAAAAGGGACGAAGAUGUAGAGAAUGACCAGGUCUUCUCCCACCUGGUGACCAUCUUUGGACAGUGGAACGACCACGACCUGACCUUCACGCCCACGUCUCCCAGUAUCCGUUCCUUCAGCAGUGGCAUCAACUGUGAUGAGAGCUGUGAGCAGGCCAAUCCCUGCUUCCCCAUCCCGAUCCCGAGGGAGGACCCCCGCUUCGGGUUAAAUUCCAAAGCCUGCAUCCCGUUCUUCCGCUCCGCCCCGGCAUGUGGGACGGGGUACACGGGCGUCCUCUUCGGGGCGAAGAACGUGCGGGAGCAGAUCAACUCCCUGACGGCCUUCCUGGAUGCGGGGCAGGUGUACGGCUCGGAUAACGCGCUGGCGCGUGAUCUGCGUAACCUCACCAAUGACAUGGGGCUACUGCGCAUCAACCAGAAAUUCACCGACCACGGGAGAGAGCUCCUACCCUUCUCUGCCAUGGAAGUCAACACAUGUGCCACUCGCCAGAAGAUCACCAACUCUACCGUGGAAGAGGUGCCCUGUUUCAUCGCAGGCGACGGCCGUGUGGACGAGAACAUUGGCCUCACCUCUCUGCACACGCUGUUCCUGCGGGAACAUAACCGCCUGGCUCACGCCCUGCGGCAGCUCAACCCUCACUGGAGCAGCGAGACGCUCUACCAGGAAGCACGCAAGAUCAUGGGGGGCUACCAUCAGGUUCUUGUAUUCCGUGACUACCUCCGCCACAUUGUCGGGCCAGACGAAGUGGAAGGGCGUCUCGCCACCUACCCUGGCUACGACGAGCAUGUGGACCCCAGCAUCUCCAACGUCUUCGCCACUGCCGCCUACCGCUUUGCCCACCUUGCCAUCCAGCCCUUCAUGUUCCGUCUGGACGAGAACUACAACGAACACCCCGAGUUCCCCAGUGUGCCGCUGUACGAGGCGUUCUUCACCCCCUGGAGGGUGCUGUUUGAAGGUGGCGUCGACCCCCUGAUUCGGGGACUGGUGGGCCGCCCCGCCAAACUCAACACGCAGGAUCAAAUGAUGGUGGAGGCGCUCCGCGAUAGGCUGUUCCAGUUCACCAGCCACCUGGCGCUGGACCUGGGCGCUCUGAACAUGCAGCGCGGUCGCGACCACGGCAUCCCUGGAUACAACCAAUGGCGUAGACUCUGUGGCCUGUCAGAGCCCCAGAGCGUUGAGCAGCUGGCCCUGGUUUUAAACAACACCGACCUGGCUGGACGGCUGCUGGCGUUGUACGGCACCCCCGCCAACAUCGACGUGUGGCUGGGGGGGCUCGCCGAGCCCUUCGUCCCUGGGGGCCGCGUGGGACCCCUCUUCGCCUGCCUCAUCGCAAAACAGUUUCAGGAUAUCCGCAAGGGAGACCGGUUGUGGUGGGAGAAUGAGGGUGUGUUCACCAGCAGACAGAGGGCUUCCCUGGCCAGCGUCUCUUUGGCCCGUAUCAUCUGUGACAACACGGGCAUCACGGACGUCCCCCGAGACCCCUUCCUGUACCGCUCCCGAGGGCGCGGAUACGCCAACUGCAACACCAUUCCUGCCUUCGACCUCACGCCCUGGAUCGACGCUGGCUCCGACACCAUCCGUGGCCCACCUGGACCAAGGGGGGAGCCAGGACAACGAGGUCCCCCAGGUUUGACAGGGCCCCGAGGUCCCCCCGGGCCCCCGGGGCCUGGUGCCCGGCCCUCAGCCUUUGCUGUACGUCUGGGCUACAACCAACCCAACACCAACCAAGUCAUCAUCUUCCGGGAGGUCCUCUACAACGGGCAGAAGCACUACGACAGCUCCACGGGGUACUUCACCUGCGCCGUGCCGGGGGUGUACCAGUUUGACUUCUCCUGCACCCAGUACCAGAGUGUGGGCAGCAUCGACCUGUGCCGCAACGGGACGGUCCUGCUGCACUCGUUCACCACCCGGCAGAACGGCUACAUCGUCAGCUCCGGGACCACCACGGCGGAGCUGCAGCUGGGAGAUCGCGUCUGGCUGCAGGCCAACCAAGGCGGGUACAGAAUGACCGGCAACAGCUUCUUCUCUGGACACCUGCUCUUCCCCGUGUAGAACCUCCUGUGCCCUCCUACCCAUUCAGUCACAAGCCCAGUAAGAAGUGGCUACACUCAAAUCCACGAUUUGACUUUGGUUGAGAUAUAGGUAUAAGGUAUAAGGUCGAGAGUGCUAUAUGGCACUCUUGGGAUUUUACGGUCGUUGCAUUUGAGUGCCAUACAGCACUCUUGGGACUGGGUUAAACCCUCUUUCACACACUCCUCUCUGUCCUUUUCCCUCUCAGAGAGCACUUCUAGAGCACUCAUAACAAAAACUGCCAAAAAAUGACUGCCUGCACAUGAAAAAAAAAUCAUACAUAAUUAAAUACUUUUCUAUACUUUACUGAACCCAUGAAAUUAUUUUCAAAAAAGUGCAAACACCGCUUCCUGGUCCUCUUGGUUGGCUCAGUUGCACCAGGCAAGAUCAAUCAAGCACAGAAAAGUAUUUGAAUCCAAACCAAUUCCAUAUUUGACCCAGGUCUGCUGCAGAUAUACCUGAGGCUCACCUGAGGUGAAAUGCACUGAUAAAGGACCCCAACAGGAGGGGGCUUAUGCCCCUGCUCUGAGGCACUAUUUUUGGCCAUAGUGCCCUUGUUCUGUGCUGUUGGCUGCCCAGCUGUAGCUCAAGUUACAGCUGAUGCUCCUGUUGCCCCACAGUUGCCCCCCCUAAUGACAUCCUAGAUGUCAAACAAGUAAAGCACUUUGAUAUUUGCAGACGCUGAAUUGUGUAAAUCCUUGUGAAAACUAAUUAUAUAAUACAUAUUUUAGAUGUUGUUUGUGUAGCAUGAUGGAUCACUAAGCUUGUGGUACCUUAGACUGGUAAGGUGUGCACAGUCAUCUGCACAGCACAGAAGUUCUGUGUUUUUUUUACAGUUCAAUGUUGCAGCUGUGCACACACAUUCAGCUCGAUUGUACAAGCUGACAUUAAUGUGCUGGGAAAUGUUACUUAAAAUGAUGUCACAGUGUGCAAAAAGACCAGCUGGUGACAGACUGACCGAAACCUGCUAACUUUGGUUCAGCUGACUGAAAGAGGUACUUUAAAUUAAAACAGUUUACAAAUGCCAUGCAGAACGCUUUUGCCUUUUUUAUAUAAAAAAAUAAAAAUAUACUGUCUA